GGUUAUCACUUUCAAAUUCAAAAGUUGUGCACAUAUUAUAAUGUAUAUAUGUACAUGUGUAUUUAUACACAUAGGUAUUAGAGCUAGACUUGCGAAAAGCCACAGAAUCCUAUACGUAUGUACUAUAUUAUUCUUAUAAGAAAUAAGUUUACACGCAUAAAAUUUUAUUUGUAGAAUUUUAUACAGAACGCUUUUACAUUUUUGCUUAGGCAAAUAAUAUAAUAUUUUGUUUAAAUGGUUGGGAACCGAUUACGCCAAGUUAAAAUUUUUUUGCAUAUACUCUCAUAUCUUCGAAACUAUUUACCGGGUCAUCUUCAAAUUUUCGGAGAAUAUUCUCAAAUAUAUGUAUAUAUAUUCGUUAGAAAAAAAAAUCAACUUUUUGAAAUUCAAUGAAAUGGACAUAACGCCUUAAGAGAAAUUAACUUGAAAUCCGGCCUUCUGUGACGGCUUUUUUCGUACCACUCGCAUUUUGCUCUAAAUGUUUAUAUUUGACGACAGCAAUUUUUAGGAUCUUGUACGAUUAUACGACCAAAACCGCAGACCAGAUAUAAAACCAGAAGCUUGGCCAAAAAUCUACGACGAGACUAUUAUGAUUCAUAUAAGUAAUUUCUUGGACUUAGAAGCAUCCUGUUCCGAUUACUCAAAAUAUUACGAGUCGAUUGUCAAAGUGUAGCUUUAACUCGAACGCUAUCAAUGUGAACAGAUCUUUUCAAAAUAAACCAUUUGCUUGUCGAGAGACUUUUCAGCCCGAGCUAUUUGUAUCACAAUAGCCAUAUUUCAUAAGAAACUGACGUUUUCCACCUUAAAUUUGAGGGAUUUGGAUCGAAAAACCCCUCUCGAAUUCAGCAACCCAAAAGUAAAGCCUUUGAUGAUAAGUGUGUUAUCAACACCGUAAAGCACGGUGGACGGUCGGUUAUGGUUUCGGACUGUAUGGCAGCAUCUGAUGUUGGGAAUUUAGUUUUCAUUGAGUCCGCAAUGAACAAAUUGGAUUAUUUAAGUAUUUUGAAAAAUAACGUUGCUCCAAGCAUAGAAAAAUUAGGACUAUCAGUUAAUUGGAUCCUUCAACAGGGAAUAACGUCUUAAGACUAUAUACAUACAUAUGUAUGUAGAUUAUGGCAGCUCAUACAAUGGUUGCUUAUGGUGAAGUCCAGUCCCGAAAUGGAUCAUACUGCGAUAUAUACUAUUGAAAUUUGGAAAUCGAGUAGAGAUUACCGGCAUUCACUAUUUCGAGAUGAAUAACAUUCCACACUACUACAGGUUUGUUUACAAAGAGAAACCACGAGCACUAGGCCAGCACCAAAUUCACAUAAUAACGACUUAAACGAAGCGCUGAAACUCACCUCCGCCAACUUUUAACUUUUAUAUACUCAUAUGUAUGCACAUACGUAGUUAUUGCUGAAGACUUGGCUUAGCAAAGCGAAGUUUUAUCUAAUUUAAAGAGAAUUCAAAGCACGCAAUUUUGCACGAAGCAGACAAGUGGACGAUGCAUAUGGCAGAUUUAGAGAUCAGAAUAAUGGUACAUUAUAUAAAGAACAAAUAUUUUUAGAACGGUUUCAAAGACAUAACAGCGCUAGACUAUACGACAUCCGAGCUUUGGAUGGAAGUAGUUUAACGGAAAAAAUCGUUAUUUUUAAAAUAAUUUUAUAUACUCGGCGCGACAGAAAAGGGUUGUAUUUGUUUUAUGUGUAUUUGAAUUGUUUAUGAGAGCACAAUUUGUGAGGAACGUUUUAUUAAAAUGUCACCGAAAUCCAUAUACUAUGGACUUUUGUUAAUUUUUGUGUUCAUUUUAGCGGUGAAUGCCGCUUGUGUUUGCCAUGAGAAAGGCGUCGAUUACUGUGCCAAGUGCAAGGAACCCACAUUCGUGCGGCCUAAGCCACGUCAUGGCUGUCUCAAUUCAGAGGUGGAGCUCACACCCAUCGGCGACACCUGUUCCUGCGACAAGCUAUUCGUUGAACCGGCUGCAUUGCCCAAGCCAUGUAGCAAUAAAAAGCCACCACCGAAAAAUUCAGUUUGUAAGUGCUCAGCACCGUCGUCACCUUCAAGUUAUUAUCCACCAACACCAACAGUUUAUAAAACGCCACUAACAGGUGACUACUAUAAGCCAGCACCUCUGCCACCAACACCACCAAAACCGUACAAGUCGUCAUCAUGUGGUUGCUCGUCAGCGUCGACAAUUCCUGUGUAUCAUUUACCUGAGGCAACUUAUGCGCAACCAAAGGAUAGCAUUGUACCUGCCGAUCCGAUAAGCAUAAGUCUGGCUUUGCAAGCUAAUAAAGCGAUAGCGGUGCCAGAAGCCAAGCUUGCCUAUGGUUUUGCAAAGGAGCCGAUAGAUAGCAUGAAAAAGAUUACUUUCUCCAAUGUACCAGAGGAAAAUCUCUUUAAACUGAAGAAUAAUGUGAUUACGUUUAAAAAACCUAAGCUUACACCAGCUCCGCUGCCUGAGGAGGAUGAAGUUGACGAGGAAGAAUUGGUAGAAACGGGAGAUACGCUUGAACAACUUACGUACCAGCAAUUGGGUUAUGUGCCCGAACAUUUUAAGAAUCCGAAAUUCCGUAAAAUCAGCACAGUUUAUAGUGAUGAUUAUUAUUCGCAUGAAGACGGUUAUCCGUUACCGUAUAAAGUGAAGGUGGAUUGUGGUUUUAAACCCGGACGCAUGGCGGCGUACACCAAACGAAAACCACAAAAUGAGCCGGCAGCAUAUUAUUAGUGGUUAUCAAAUUGCACACGCUACUUUAUUUUCUUCAAAUUCAUAGUACUUAGUUGCAUAUAUAUAUAAUAUUUCUUAAAAAACUAAGUUCGUUAACAUAUUUUUUUUAUAAAUAAAAUAUUAGUAAUAUA